AUGGGAUUUCAACUAGUGAAUCUGAUUAUUUUGUGCAUAGCCGUAUCUUCUAUCUGGGUUAGGAGUGUGGAGAGUAUCGCACCAGUUUCUGAUGAUUCUAGUAACCAUGUAGGAAAACUGCACAUUAAGUCUAAUUCGACUGUUCCAAGUUGGGAUAGGACUACUCCCAGUUGGAACUGGACUACACCUAGUUGGAAUACCACAACAGAUUUCUGGAAUCAGUCGACUCCAAACUGGAAUACAACUACCUCAAGCUGGAAUUGGACUACUCCCAGUUGGAACUGGACAACACCUAGUUGGAAUACCACAACAGAUAACUGGAAUCGGUCGACUCCAAACUGGAAUACAACUACCUCAAGCUGGAAUUGGACUACUCCCAGUUGGAACUGGACAACACCUAGUUGGAAUACCACAACAGAUAACUGGAAUCGGUCGACUCCAAACUGGAAUACAACUACCUCAAGCUGGAAUUGGACUACUCCCAGUUGGAACUGGACAACACCUAGUUGGAAUACCACAACAGAUAACUGGAAUCGGACUACUCCCAGUUGGAACUGGACUACACCUAGUUGGAAUACCACAACAGAUAUCUGGAAUCAGUCGACUCCAAACUGGAAUACAACUACCUCAAGCUGGAAUUGGACUACUCCCAGUUGGAACUGGACAACACCUAGUUGGAAUACCACAACAGAUAACUGGAAUCGGUCGACUCCAAACUGGAAUAGAACUACCUCAAGCUGGAAUUGGACUACUUCAAGUUGGAACUGGACUACACCUAGUUGGAAUACCACAACAGAUAUCAGGAAUCAGUCGACUCCAAACUGGAAUAGAACUACCUCAAGCUGGAAUUGGACUACUCCCAGUUGGAACUGGACUACACCUAGUUGGAAUACCACAACAGAUAUCUGGAAUCAGUCGACUCCAAACUGGAAUAGAACUACCUCAAGCUGGAAUUGGACUACUCCCAGUUGGAAUUGGACUACACCUAGUUGGAAUACCACAACAGAUAACUGGAAUCGGUCGACUCCAAACUGGAAUACAACUACCUCAAGCUGGAAUUGGACUACUCCCAGUUGGAACUGGACAACACCUAGUUGGAAUACCACAACAGAUAUCUGGAAUCGGUCGACUCCAAACUGGAAUACAACAACCUCAAGCUGGAAUUGGACUACUCCCAGUUGGAACUGGACCACACCUAGUUGGAAUACCACAACAGAUAACUGGAAUCGGUCGACUCCAAACUGGAAUACAACUACCUCAAGCUGGAAUUGGACUACUCCCAGUUGGAACUGGACAACACCUAGUUGGAAUACCACAACAGAUAUCUGGAAUCGGUCGACUCCAAACUGGAAUACAACAACCUCAAGCUGGAAUUGGACUACUCCCAGUUGGAACUGGACAACACCUAGUUGGAAUACCACAACAGAUAACUGGAAUCGGUCGACUCCAAACUGGAAUACAACAACCUCAAGCUGGAAUUGGACUACUCCCAGUUGGAACUGGACAACACCUAGUUGGAAUACCACAACAGAUAUCUGGAAUCGGUCGACUCCAAAAUGGAAUACAACUACCCCAAGCUGGAAUUGGACUACUCCCAGUUGGAACUGGACAACACCUAGUUGGAAUACCACAACAGAUAUCUGGAAUCGGUCGACUCCAAGCUGGAAUACAACUACCCCAAGCUGGAAUUGGACUACUCCCAGUUGGAACUGGACAACACCUAGUUGGAAUACCACAACAGAUAUCUGGAAUCGGUCGACUCCAAACUGGAAUACAACUACCUCAAGCUGGAAUUGGACUACUCCCAGUUGGAACUGGACAACACCUAGUUGGAAUACCACAACAGAUAUCUGGAAUCGGUCGACUCCAAACUGGAAUACAACUACCCCAAGCUGGAAUUGGACUACUCCCAGUUGGAACUGGACAACACCUAGUUGGAAUACCACAACAGAUAACUGGAAUCGGUCGACUCCAAACUGGAAUACAACAACCUCAAGCUGGAAUUGGACUACUCCCAGUUGGAACUGGACUACACCUAGUUGGAAAACCACAACAGAUAUCUGGAAUCGGUCGACUCCAAACUGGAAUACAACUACCUCAAGCUGGAAUUGGACUACUCCCAGUUGGAACUGGACUACCCCAAUCUGGAAUUCCACCACAAAUCAUUGGAAUUGGACUACGCCGAGUUGGCAUUCUACCACACCUCAUUGGAAUUGGACAACGCCUAGUUGGAAUAGGACCACGCCUCAAUGGAAU